GGCUGGAAAUUCCCGUCCUCCGCGGCUCCUCCCCCGCAGAAAUCCCCCGGCCGCGCUGUAUAUGCGAGGCGCCGCCGCCGCCGCCGCUCACUCGCAGUGCCCGCAGCUCCGCCGCCAUGAUCGCUGCUCGCCGCGCCGCCGAGCCGCCCGCCAUGGACGGCUACGAGCACCCCAAGAAGGAGCGUCAGGGCGCCUUUGCGCUCGACGACCGCCACGAUAGUGGCCUGGACUCCAUGAAAGAGGAGGAGUACCGGCAGCUGGUGAAGGAGCUGGAGGACAUACGGCUGCAGCCCCGCGAGCCGCCCGCCUGGGCACAGCAGCUGACGGAGGACGGGGACACUUUUCUGCACUUGGCCAUUAUUCACGAGGAAAAAGCCCUGAGCCUGGAGGUGAUCCAGCAGGCAGCCGGUGACCGGGCUUUCUUGAACUUCCAGAACAACCUCAGCCAGACUCCUCUUCACCUGGCAGUGAUAACUGAUCAGCCUGAAAUUGCUGAGCAUCUUCUGAAGGCCGGAUGCGACCUGGAAAUCAGGGACUUCCGAGGAAACACCCCCCUGCACAUCGCCUGCCAGCAGGGCUCCCUCAUGAGCGUCAGCGUGCUCACGCAGUACUGCCAGCCACACCACCUCCUGGCUGUCCUGCAGGCAGCCAACUACAACGGACAUACGUGUCUUCAUUUAGCAUCUAUCCAGGGGUACCUGGGUAUUGUGGAGUAUCUGCUGUCCUUGGGAGCAGAUGUAAAUGCACAGGAGCCAUGCAAUGGCAGAACAGCACUACAUUUGGCAGUGGAUCUGCAGAAUUCAGAACUGGUGUCACUUUUGGUGAAACAUGGGGCAGACGUGAACAAAGUGACCUAUCAGGGCUAUUCCCCAUAUCAACUCACAUGGGGAAGAGACAACUCCAGCAUACAGGAACAGCUGAAGCAGCUGACCACAGCUGACCUGCAGAUGCUGCCAGAAAGUGAGGAUGAAGAGAGCAGUGAAUCGGAGCCUGAGUUCACGGAGGAUGAACUUAUAUAUGAUGACUGCCUUAUUGGAGGACGACAGCUGGCAUUUUAAAGCAGAGCUUUCUCUGAAAAGAAGUGACUGUAUACAUAUGUAUAGAAAAAGGAGUGACUUUCUUCACCUGAAAAGAAAGUCACAAUGUGGAGAGAAAAAAGAGCAGGGAAAUACUACACUGCCCAGCAAGGAGAAGGAGCACGUUAUUGUAACAGGACAGUUCCAGGAUCUCCCUUGUGUUUAAAUAAGGAGUGGGAUGUGUAACAUCAGUACAGAUCUGUGAUUAUUCACACCACCUGAUAAAGAGCCACAUAGCCAAUGUUCUCAGCCCUGCAAAGGUAACAGACUACACAUCCAACCUGCUCGUUACAGGGACCUUUCUUGUGGUAUCAAGUACUACAGGGAACAAGUGACCUUUCGUGGCAGGGUGGCCUCAUGCCAACACCCCUUUUCAGAGACUCUACGUUCAUUUGUGCUGGGCAGGUGGCAGUCCCUGUCCUUUCUGACUGACCUCAGCUGCUCUCAGUGAGGCUUCACAGGUGGAGGAGUCAGACCAAGGGACUGGUGCCAUCUUGUCUCUUAGGCAAAAGUAGCAAUAAUGUUAACUGUGGGCAUUGGAAAAGUGUGUUUCACACUGUGUGUGUCAUAAUUGCUACACUUUUUAGCAACUGUAUAUUGUGUAAAUACUGUAAAUUUUUUGUUUAUAAUUAUUUUGGUACAUGUGAGAUAUGUAUUUAUUAAAAAAAGUCAGCUUACCAUA